ACAUUUUAGAACUCAGUGACGUAUGAUGAUGUAGUGGUGAACUUUACUCAGGAAGAAUGGACUUUGUUGGAUGCUUCUCAGAAGAAUCUUUACAAAGAUGUGAUGGUGGAGACCUGUUGUAACCUCACUGCAAUAGGAUAUAAUUGGGAAGACUACAAUACAGUAGAACUUUGUGAAAAUUCUGGAAGACAUAGAAGGCAUCUUCAAAGGGAUGAACCAAAUAAUACUGGAGUGAAACCCAAUGCAUAUAUGCAGUAUGAUGAAGCCUUUGCAAGAAACAAUCAUGUUCAGAUACAUAAAAGCACAUGCAGUAGAUCCUUUGUGUCUUAUAGUGGUCUUCGAAUUCAAAGAGAAACACAUACUGGAGAAAAGCUCUAUGAUUGUAACCAAUGUGGCAAAGCCUUUGUAGAAAAGAGUCAUCUUCUAAUGCAUAAAAGAACACAUACUGGAGAGAAAACCUAUGGAUGUAACCAGUGCGGUAAAGCCUUUGCAUGCCACAGCAAUCUUCACAGACAUAAAAGAACACACACUGGAGAGAGACCCUAUCACUGUAAUCAAUGUGGCAAAGCCUUUACACGACUCACUCAUCUUCAAAUACAUAAAAGAGUACAUAGUGGAGAGAAGCCGUAUGAGUGUAACCACUGUGGUAAAGCCUUUACAAGUCCCCAUGUUCUUCAAAUGCAUAUUACAACACAUACUGUGGCGAAACCCUAUGGAUGUAACCAGUGUGGUAAAGCCUUUGCGUAUCACAGCAAUCUUCAAAGGCAUAAAAGAACACAUACUGGAGAGAAGUCCUACAGAUGUAAUCAAUGUGACAAAGUGUUUUUACAGCACAGUAGUCUUCUAAUGCAUAAAAGGACACAUACGGGAGAGAAGCCCUACAAAUGUAACCAAUGUGGUAAAACAUUUGUACAGCACAGUACUCUUCAAAUACAUAAAAGAACACAUUCUGGAGAAAAACCCUAUGAAUGUAACCAAUGUGGUAAAGCCUUUGCAUCUCUUGGCAAUCUUCAAAGGCAUAAAAGAACACAUACUGGGGAGAAACCCUAUUCAUGUAACCAGUGUGAUAAAGCCUUUGCAGAAUACUGCAAUCUUCAAAUGCAUAAAAGAACACAUACUGGAGAGAAGCCCUAUGAUUGUAACCAAUGUGGCAAAGCUUUUGCACAACACAGCCAUCUUGAAAGGCAUAAAAGAACACAUAGAGAGAAAACCUGUGAAUAACCAAUGUGGUAGUGUCUUUACAUGUUUCAGCCAUCUUCAAAGGCAUAAAAGAAUGCAUACUGGAAAGUAGUCCUAUGAAUAUAACCACUGUGGUAAAGCCUUUGCAUGUUACUGAAAUCUCCAAAUACAUGAAAGAAGACAUAAUGAAGAGAAAUGUUAUUGUGGUAAAGUAUUUAUACAGCACAGUAGUCCUCAAAGGCAUAAAAGAACACAUAGUGGAGAGAAACCCUAUGAAUGUAACAAAUGUGCCAGUGACUUCGUAAUAUACACAUCUUUAAAGUCAUAAAAACAUGCACACAUACUGGAGAGAAACCCUGAUAAUGUAAUGAAUGUGAUAAAGGCAUUGCAUGUUAUGUUGGUCUUAAAAGGAAUUUUUAAACACUUUGUUGAGUGAACCCUGUAUUUUUUAAUUAAUUUAAUAAAGCCAUUUCCUAAUAGUCACCUUCUAAGGCAUGAAAGGAAUCAGUGAUGAAAAAUUGUGGCUGGUAUUUCUGACUCUUGCUUGCUCUUAAGAUGCUGUUCCUCCUACUUAAUUGUGUUGCUGUCAGCUUUCAUGUGGGGGUUUGUCCCUAUUUUUAUUGAAACAUGGUUUGCUUUGUUUAGUUGAUAUCCCCAAGAGACCCACUCUGCUUUGAGUGCAAAUGGCAGAGUAUCUGUGUGUGAUGAUAGGUUGGGAGACAUGCAGAGAAGUACAAUGAGGGGGAACUGUGGUCCAGAUAUAAAGUUCAAGAUGAGAAUAAAGUUUAAUUUAAUUAAUAAAAAAACUGCACACAUUUAUACACAGACAUUCAAAACAAGAUAUGAAUCAAAUAUAUAUUAUGUUGUAAGAAAUUAAGAUAACAUAUAUAAACUCCUCACUGUGAGUUUCCUUACUCUCAAGGAACAUCAGCUGAUAUUGGUCCAUAGGGGCAGUGGGAGCACAAAAAGCAAAUGUGUGGUUCCAAAGCCCUGUGCUUAUGGACAAUGAAUGUUCAAUCCAGCACCAGCUGCCUAGAGUCAGAUCGACUUUACUUGUGGUGAGUCAAGGCUUAUAUAAUUUGGAGGACUGGUAACAGGAAUAUCCAGAAUGGGCAAAGCUGAAGGGUUAGAGUACCCAAAUGCCUCAUUAGCAUGGGUAAGCAUACGUAUGUAUGUAUAUAUGUACGUAUGUAUGUAUGUAUGUAUGUACGUACUUAUGUUUGUGUUAUUUAUCUAUUUACAGUUCAGACUUUAUCCCUUGCCGGGCCACCCUCUGUCAGUUCCACAUCCACAACUCCAGCGGUAGUCUCCAAGAGGAUGUCCCCACUCCCCUCACCUCACCAGAAUUCCCCACUACCCAUGGCCCCAAGUCUCUAGAGGGUUAGGUUCUUCUUCUCUGACUGAGUCCAGACCCAGCAGUCCUCUGCUGUACAUACGUUUGGGGCCUAAUCAUCUGGUGUAAGCUCCCUGGUUAGUGGCUAAUUGUCUGAGAGUUCCAGGGGGUUCAAGUUAAUUGAGACUGCUGUUCUUCCUAUAGGGUCACCCUCCUCCUCCUGAGCUUCUUCCAGCAUUUCCCUAACUCAACCAUGGGGGUCAUCAGCUGUCCAUUGGUUGGAUGUAUAUAUCUG